UUUUCUUAGUCUCUGGUAUAUAUACAAAAAUGCAAUUUUCAGUCGUCGUCUAUCUUCCGUCUGAACCACCGGAGGAGCUCGAUCCAAAGACAAGAAGAUGACAACUCCGCAAGUGAAGACCGGUUUGUUCGUUGGGUUGAACAAAGGACAUGUUGUCACCAGACGUGAAUUAGCUCCUCGUCCUCGUUCUCGCAAAGGAAAAACGAGCAAGAGAACAAUCUUUAUCAGAAACUUGAUAAAGGAAGUUGCUGGUAUGGCUCCCUAUGAAAAGAGAAUCACUGAGCUUUUGAAGGUUGGUAAAGACAAGCGUGCUCUUAAGGUUGCUAAGAGAAAGUUGGGAACCCACAAGAGAGCUAAGAGGAAGAGAGAGGAGAUGUCCAGUACUCUCCGUAAAAUGAGGUCUGGUGGUGGUGGUGGUGGGGCAACUGAGAAGAAGAAGUGAGCAUCAUCUUAAGUUUGGGAUCGCUCUUCAAGAGUUUUGGUUUCUUGUUGCAAAAUCAUGAUAAUUCCUAAGCUUCUCGUAUUAUGUUUUGUUAGAAUAUCGGAUUUAAAGAGUGUUUUGUCACAGACCGGUGACUCUGCGUUUAAACUAUUUGGCUCUUUUAAUCAAUUAUCUUUCUGUUACCGCUGAA